GCCCUCCCUCCGUUGGCCGCCACUCCACCCCGCUGCACGCGGCCUCGGGCGGGCUCAGAAAGUGCCUGCGGCUUGCCCCAGGGGGCCUGCCGCCACCCUUGACCAAAGGGCUCCACGCAUCAUUUCUAGCUCAUCUCCAGGCUCUGGGCACCGUCGAUGUGGAGACCAGCUUGGGCCUUGGAGCGGAGAUCCGGUGCAGGGCUCCACUCUGCCAACAACCACCAGUGCGCCCUCAGCCAGGCCCCAGUCUUGUCCCAGCCACAGCUUCCCUCCCACAGGGUCCGGGCUGCAGCAGAGCAAGCGGUGUGAACCGGCCGGCCGAGGGAGGGCUGCGAGCCGGGCCUGUCCUCCAGCCUUCGGCCCACCGCCCGCCCCGGCGCCCUCCUCUAGGAGUGGCUUGCUCGUCCGGCUCCCCAGCUUGCAUCAAGCCAACCAGCACGACCGCGCCUGAACCGUGGGAGACGGCUGCCCGGGGGCCGGGCAGGAGUCGGGGCCAACUCCUGGGCUAA